CGGGAAAGCAGCCGCCAGACUCCAGAGCAAAGGCCGUUGGCUGAAGACCGGAAUCUAUACCGUUAAAUAUGGACGUUCUGUUAUCGUCGUUGACGCCUAACUUCGCUUCCACGACGUCGAGUGUGAAGCUAGUAUGCGAGUUUCCGGCGAGGAAGCUUAGAGUGAGUCUGAACGGAGAGCAGCGGAUUUCCAUUCGGUGUGCAAAGGCCUCGGCGGAGAGGAGGAGCGAAAAGAUAGAAGAUGUAGAGAGGACGAGUGGCUUCAGUGGAAGUGCUAUGGAGGUCACUACGCUGGAUUUCCCCGUUUUGGAGAAGAUUGGCGCUGUUGUUAGACUCAGUUAUGGAAUUGGGAUAUAUGGAGCAAUGGGUUUGGCAGGGAGGUUCAUUUGCUCGGUCACCGGAAUUGAUUGCACGGGAGGUUUUGAUCCAUCUUUAGAUGCCAUUGUUGAAGGACUUUGCUUUGCAGUGCCUCCAAUCAUGGCCCUUCUCUUCAUACUAGAUGAUGAAGUGGUGAAGUUAUCUCCUCAUGCUCGUGCCAUUAGAGAUGUGGAGGAUGAGGAAUUGAGGAGCUUCUUUUAUGGGAUGUCUCCUUGGCAGUUCAUAUUAAUUGUUGCUGCCAGCUCUGUUGGAGAGGAGCUUUUCUACAGGGCUGCUGUUCAGGGAGCAUUGGCUGAUAUAUUCCUAAGGGGUACCAAUUUGCUGACAGAUUCUCAAGGAAUGGCAUCCCUGUCUGGUAUGCUGCCUCCCUUUGUGCCAUUUGCUCAGGCAUUUGCAGCUGUAGUAACUGCUGCUCUUACAGGUUCUUUCUAUUAUGUGGCUGCCUCUCCCAGAGAUCCUACUUAUGUCAUUGCACCAGUUUCACAAUCACGCUCUGGUCGUGAAGAUCUGAGAAAGCUAUUUGCAGCCUGGUAUGAGAGGAGACAAAUGAAAAAGAUCUACUCCCCUCUUUUAGAAGGAAUUUUGUCCCUCUACCUUGGUUUUGAAUGGAUCCAGACGGAUAACAUUCUUGCACCUAUUAUCACACAUGGUAUGUACUCUGCCGUUAUAUUGGGACAUGGACUUUGGAAGAUACAUGAUCAUCGCAGAAGGCUACGCCAGAGAAUCCGACAGCUUAACUCCGAAGGAAUGAACUCAAACAAACUGUAAAGAGAUCUUGGUGAACAAUAACAAAGCAUGGAGGAAACUUGUAUAUGACAUGCAGAGCCGAUUGAUUAUAUGUUAGGAAUGCUGUAGAAUGUAGCUUCGUGUAUGUAAAAAAUAACACGUGACAUUGAUGAAACAGAGCGGCGAAACCCAUCUCAACAAAAAGUAAAAACCAUACUUUUGU